AUGAAAGGCAACAAAAUUAAAGCAAAGCAGUCAAUUCGCCCUAGCUCCGCAAAUAUUUCACAAUCCUCUAGAGGAUUUGGCUACAUCCCUGGCGUCACAGCUCCAAUCUACACAGAUAUGGCCCAGCUGUUUAUAGAAAGCAAACAAAAAGAAGUAAGCUCUAAUUAGUUAGAAUACGAAAAAUCAAAGUCAAAAUUAAUGCUGCACACCGAGUCCAAACGAAGCAAAGAAGAAAGAGAUAUUUUAUCUGAAGUAAUUAUAAAGCAGAAAUACGAUGAAACAAUCCAAGCUUUAACUGAAUCUCAUUCAAACCGAAUGAAAGCUUUAUCUCAGCAGCACGAAAACGCAACAAAAACCCUUAUGGAGCAGUUUAAAAGCGAAGUUUCUACGCUUAAAGCGUCUCAUAAAAUUCAUAUUGACCAUCUAAUUAAUGAUAUGAGCGAGCAGCUACAAAGAAAACAAGAAGAAAUGGAAGACUUGAAAUAUAAGCAGAAAAAAGAAAUUGAAGAAAUAGAAAAUCAGUCACAAAAACAACUCCAAGUUAUGAAAGAAGAACUGGAAAAUGCUUAUAAAAAGAAGCUUAAACGAAAAGAAGAAGAAUUAGAGAAAAAAGAAUACGAAUUUUGUGAAAAAAUUUCAAAAGAAAGGGAUGAACAAAUAAAAGAAGUAAUUAAUAAAAUAUAUGGCGAAUGCAGAAAAGAGCAAAGAGAAAAAGAAAAUAAACUGCAAGAAGAAGUAAGAAAUUUGAAUGCUGAAUUAGAAAAUUGGAAAAUAAAAUAUGAAAAAAGCAUAAAAAGGGAAGACGAAAAAGUGAAAAUUAAUAAUGAGAUUGUUGAAAUUGGUAGCAGCUUGGAAAAAAAUAUUAUGAAGCCUCAGAUAUCUGAUGAGUAUUUUUUUGAGGUUUCAGAAUUUGAAGCGUUAAAAGAUGACAAAGAGACACAGACAGAAAUAAUUUAUCAUGAUAUUGAUACCCAAGCUAACCUUGAAAUUGAUAUAUCUGUAGAAAUGAAGGAGCAUGAAGAUAGACAUGCUCUUGAAAUAGCAGAACUUGAAGAGAAAGUUACAGAAAUUUUGAGGAAAAAGAAUGCAAAUAUACAAGCUUUAGAGUCACAGCUUCACCAAUCAAUAGUCAGAUGUAAAGAACUAGAAGCAUUAAUAAAGCAGCUUAAAGCAUCCUGAUAA